AUGGACGACAAUACGCUUUAUUGCAUUUGUCGUAAGCCCUAUGAAUCUAAUCAAUUUAUGAUCGAAUGUGAUGUGUGCAAUGAUUGGUUUCACGGAAAAUGUGUUGGAAUUAAAGAACAAUCGGCCAGUGACAUCGAAUUUUACCACUGUCCAAACUGCCAAAUCACACACGGACCCCUGAUUCUAAAAAAGAAAAGAAGCACACAAAGAGUUACUCACAAUCCGAAUUAUUCUGAAAAUGAGAGCAAAAACUUCCAAACUGGUUCUUUGCCAUUUGUUACUGAGCUCAAACAAAGAACAUUUACAAGUGCUGAUGAAAUACCAUUGUGUCGACUCAGUGGAUAUGGAGUUAAUGUUGAUUAUUUUGAGAAGUAUGGCUUUGAUUCUCCAUUAUUAAUUGCUAGAAAAGAUGGACUCAACAUUAAACUACCACCACCAACAAUUACAGUGAAAGAUAUUGAAAAUUUAGUCGGCCCCAUGCAAGAAAUAGACGUCAUUGAUGUGGCCAGGCAGGGCGACUGCAGAAUGUUGAUGAGAGAGUGGACCGAGUACUACAACAGUUCAGACAGGAAGAAGAUUUACAAUGUCAUCAGCCUGGAGUUCAGCAGUACUAGGUUAGCUGAUCUAGUGGACCCGCCUCAAAUCGUACAUCAGUUAAGUUGGGUCGAUUCUUACUGGCCGUCGCACACAUUCGAGUGCUACAACAUUCCCUGCAGGCCAAAUGUCCAAAAGUAUUGUUUGAUGGGCGUCAAGAACAGUUAUACAGACUUUCAUAUUGAUUUUGGGGGUACCUGUGUUUGGUACCAUGUUUUAAGGGGUGAGAAGGUUUUUUACUUGAUCAAGCCAACACAAGCCAACCUGGUUUUGUAUGAAAGGUGGUUGUCAUCGUCCAAUCAGAGCGAAACAUUCUUCGGGGACCAAGUCGAUGUUUGUUACAGAUGUACGGUGAAGCAGGGUGAAACGUUAUUUCUCCCUUCUGGUUGGAUCCAUGCAGUCCUGACACCUGUCGACUCUCUGGUCUUUGGGGGCAACUUCCUAUCUAACUACAACAUUGGCAUGCAGAUCAAAGUUUAUGAGAUUGAAAAGCGAGUAAAGACCCAGUAUAAAUUUCUUUACCCAUAUUUUGAGACAAUACAUUGGUAUGCUGGGUAUUCUCUCUACAAUCGUAUUCAAGCCUGUCUAGAGAACAACGAGAAGGUUCCAGAGUAUCUAAUCACUGGUUUAAAGGCACUGUUGGCAGCCCUCAAGUCUUGGUGCUCCAAGAAAGACAGUAAUGUUAUUUUAAAGGCAUUUAAAAGGGUGAUAAGAAAGAGAGUGCUUAAAUUUUUUUGUUGUUCCUCGCUAAAUUACUCAAUCAAAUUUUAUUGUUGA